AUGCAGAAAACAUUAAAAUCUAGCCGAUCUCAAGAUCUAGCACGGCUAACACACCCGUAUACCCUCCUCAUGACCAUUCCUACAGGACCUGGUUCAGCAACUACAAUCAGCUACUGGGCGCCACCUGAGUUUCAGCCCUGUCACUUCCAACUCCGCAUAAGCCUGAAGCCAGCUCAGAUCCAACUUGUGCAAUCCCAUGAAGAUCACGGUAUUGUGUGCAUUGCAGCCCGCGAGCCCGAUCUCGCAAGUUUCUUCCGCAAAAAGCUUGAGUACCUCCAGACGUCCUCGCACGAUGCAAAGAUGGUCUCGAAGCUUGUCGUCAACCUGCGGUGCGAUGAAGUGAAUAAGGGAGUCGAGCUUCAAAUUUUCAGCGUCCAGAUUUUUGGUGAUGAAGGCGGUAAUCUUGUUUCGGAGGGCUGCAAUCUGUUAUGGAAGUGGACCAAAGAGCAGAGUCCGUAUCGUAAGUCAGGAUUUUGGGAUCAUAAGCUGGCCCAGGUGUUGGUUGAUGCGGAGUGGACAGCGGGGGAAGGUGUUGUAAUUUUGGCCAAGGGUGUGGAUGAGGAGGAGUAUGAGAGGGUGGUGAAGGGGGAAAUCAAGUCCUAG